AGUAUCCAAGAGAUUCUUAAAUAUUGCUGUCUAAACAGCUGAGACUAUGUGCCGCUAAGAAAGAAACAGGUUAAUUAUUUAGAUUGUAAAGAAUUUCAGCAUUCCUGGGGACUUCUGCAAAGGAUCUUUUUCAGUUUUGCUCAAGAGAAAGCUCUGCAUCUAUCAAGUAGCUCUAAAGAAGUACUUUGUGUGGGUUAUAAAUAUAGAUGUUUUCAUGAAGAGGAGUGAAAAGCCAGAAGGAUAUAGACAAAUGAGGCCUAAGACCUUUCCUGCCAGUAACUACUCUGGCAGUAGCCGGCAGAUGUUGCAAGAAAUUCGGGAAUCCCUUCGGAAUUUAUCCAAGCCAUCGGAUGCUGCUAAGGCUGAGCAUAACAUAAAUAAAAUGUCAACUGAAGAUCCUCGACAAGUCAGAAAUCCACCCAAAUUUGGGACGCAUCAUAAAGCCUUACUGGAAAUUCGAAAUUCUCUACAACCAUUUGCAAAUGAAACAAGUCGGAGUACUUCAGAAGUUAAUCCACAAAUGCUUCAAGACUUGCAGGCUGCUGGAUUUGAUGAGGAUAUGGUUAUACAAGCUCUUCAGAAAACGAACAAUAGAAGUAUAGAGGCAGCAAUUGAGUACAUUAGUAAGAUGAGUUACCAGGACCCUCGCCGGGAGCAGAUGGCUGCGGCUGCUGCCAGACCCAUCAACGCCAGCUUGAAGCCAGGGAGUGUGCAACAACCAGUUAACCGCAAACAAAGCUGGAAAGGUUCCAAAGAAUCCUUAGUCCCUCAGAGACACGGCCCACCGCUAGGAGAGAGCGUGGUCUAUCGUUCUGAAAGUCCCAACUCGCAGACAGACGUAGGAAGACCUCUGUCAGGAUCUGGUAUAACAGCGUUUGCUCAAGCUCACCCAGCCAACGGACAGAGGGUGAACCCCCCACCACCUCCUCAAGUAAGGAGUGUCACUCCUCCCCCACCUCCCAGAGGCCAGACUCCCCCUCCAAGAGGUACAACUCCACCUCCCCCCUCUUGGGAACCAAACUCUCAAACAAAGCGCUAUUCCGGAAACAUGGAAUAUGUGAUUUCCCGAAUCUCUCCAGUUCCACCUGGAGCCUGGCAGGAGGGCUACCCUCCACCGCCUCUGAACACAUCCCCAGGGAAUCCUCCUAAUCAGGGACAGAGAGGCAUUAGUUCUGUUCCUGUUGGCAGACAACCAAUCAUCAUGCAGAGUUCCAACAAAUUUAACUUUCCACCAGGAAGACCUGGAAUUCAGAACGGUAGUGGUCAAACUGAUUUUAUGAUACACCAAAAUGUCCCUGCUGGCACUGUGAAUCGGCAGCCACCCCCUCCGUAUCCUCUGACCCCAACUAAUGGACAGAGCCCUUCUGCUUUACAAACAGGGGGACCUGCUGCUCCGUCAGCAUAUACAAAUGGAAAUAUUCCCCAGUCUAUGAUGGUGCCAAACAGAAACAGUCAUAACAUGGAACUUUAUAACAUUAGCGCACCUGGACUACAACCAGCUUGGCCUCAGUCCUCUUCUGCUCCAGCCCAGUCGUCCCCAAGCAGUGGGCAUGAAAUCCCCACAUGGCAACCUAACAUACCAGUGAGGUCAAAUUCCUUUAAUAACCCCCUAGGAAAUAGAACAAGUCAUUCUGCUAAUUCUCAGCCUUCAGCUACAACAGUCACUGCUAUUACACCAGCUCCUAUUCAACAGCCUGUGAAAAGCAUACGUGUAUUAAAACCAGAGCUACAGACUGCAUUAGCACCUACGCACCCUUCUUGGAUACCCCAGCCAAUUCAAGCAGUUCAGCCUAGUCCUUUUUCUGAGGGUACCACUUCAAAUAUGGCCGCUAUGCCUCCUGUUGCUGAAGCUCCCAACUAUCAAGGUCCACCUCCACCGUAUCCAAAACAUCUGCUGCACCCAAACCCGUCUGUUCCCCCAUAUGAACCAAUCAGUAAAUCCGGCAAAGAGGAUCAACCAAGCCUGCCCAAGGAAGAUGAGAGUGACAAAAGUUAUGAAAAUAUGGAUGGUGGAGAUAAAGAAAAGAAACAGAUUACAACCUCUCCAAUCACCGUUAGGAAAAACAAGAAAGACGAAGAGCGAAGGGAGUCUCGUAUUCAAAGUUACUCUCCUCAGGCGUUUAAAUUCUUUAUGGAGCAACAUGUAGAAAAUGUACUCAAAUCUCAUCAGCAGCGGCUACAUCGGAAAAAACAAUUAGAGAAUGAAAUGAUGCGGGUUGGAUUAUCUCAAGAUGCCCAGGAUCAAAUGAGAAAGAUGCUUUGCCAAAAAGAGUCUAAUUAUAUCCGUCUUAAGAGGGCUAAAAUGGACAAGUCUAUGUUUGUGAAGAUAAAGACACUAGGAAUAGGAGCAUUUGGUGAAGUCUGUCUAGCAAGAAAAGUAGAUACAAAGGCUUUGUAUGCAACAAAAACUCUUCGAAAGAAAGAUGUUCUGCUUCGAAAUCAAGUCGCUCAUGUUAAAGCUGAGAGAGAUAUCCUGGCCGAAGCUGACAAUGAAUGGGUAGUUCGUCUAUACUAUUCUUUCCAAGAUAAGGACAAUUUAUACUUUGUAAUGGACUAUAUUCCUGGGGGUGAUAUGAUGAGCCUAUUAAUUAGAAUGGGCAUCUUUCCAGAAAAUCUGGCACGAUUCUACAUAGCAGAACUUACCUGUGCUGUUGAAAGUGUUCAUAAAAUGGGUUUUAUUCAUAGAGAUAUUAAACCUGAUAAUAUUCUGAUUGAUCGUGAUGGUCAUAUUAAAUUGACUGACUUCGGCCUCUGCACUGGCUUCAGAUGGACACAUGAUUCUAAGUACUAUCAGAGUGGUGACCAUCCACGGCAAGAUAGUAUGGACUUCAGUAAUGAGUGGGGCGACCCUUCUAACUGUCGAUGUGGAGAUAGACUGAAGCCACUAGAGCGGAGAGCUGCACGCCAGCACCAGCGAUGUCUUGCACAUUCAUUGGUUGGGACACCCAAUUACAUUGCCCCUGAAGUGUUGUUACGAACAGGCUAUACACAGUUAUGUGAUUGGUGGAGUGUUGGUGUAAUUCUUUUUGAAAUGUUGGUGGGACAACCUCCUUUCUUGGCACAAACACCAUUAGAAACACAAAUGAAGGUUAUCAACUGGCAAACAUCUCUUCACAUACCACCUCAAGCUAAACUGAGUCCUGAAGCCUCUGAUCUUAUUAUUAAACUUUGCCGAGGACCAGAAGAUCGCUUAGGCAAGAAUGGAGCCGAUGAAAUAAAAGCUCAUUCGUUUUUCAAAACAAUUGAUUUCUCCAGUGACCUGAGACAGCAGUCUGCUUCAUACAUUCCUAAAAUCACACACCCAACAGAUACAUCGAAUUUUGAUCCCGUUGAUCCUGAUAAGUUAUGGAGUGACGAUAAUGAGGAAGAAAAUGUAAACGACACUCUCAACGGAUGGUAUAAAAAUGGAAAGCACCCUGAACAUGCUUUCUAUGAAUUUACCUUUCGGAGGUUUUUUGAUGACAAUGGCUACCCAUAUAAUUAUCCAAAGCCUAUUGAAUAUGAAUAUAUCAGUUCACAAGGCUCAGAGCAACAGUCAGAUGAAGAUGAUCAGCAUGCAGGCUCAGAGAUCAAAAAUCGUGAUCUAGUGUAUGUUUAACACACUAGGAAAUUGUUGUAAUGAGGAUUUGCAAAAAGACCUGAAACGCAGAGUUUUUUGAGGCUCCGAGAAUAAAAUUAUGCAAAUGUGACAGAGCUAUGUAUGAGUGCUCUGUGUAUAAUAUUUUAUGUCCUAAAUUAUGGAAAAUCUUUUUAAAAUGUUAAUUUAUUCCAGCCUUUUUAAUCAGUAAUUUAGAAGAAAAAAUUGUUAUAAAGAAAGUAAAUUAUGAACUGAAUAUUAUAGUCAGUUCUUGGUACUUAAAGUACUUAAAGUAAAAAAAAUAGUGCUUUGUUUAAAAGGAGAAGCCUGGUAUCUAUUUGUACAUACACUAAAUAAUUUUAAAAGACAAGAGUGUUUGAAAUUUUUUUUGAAAGACAGUUUUAGUUUUAUCUUGCUUUAACCAAAUAUGAAAUGUACUCCACAUUUACAGACUUUUUUUUUACCCCAUAUUUUGGUUUUUGAUACAAAAUAAGCUAUAGAAAUUAAGCCAUUAUGGUGAUGAGUGUUCCUAGGCUAAUGAUAAUCCGAUAAUUUACAUCUUGGAACUAAGAAAUACAGGGUUGUAACAGUAUGCUCAUCAGAAGAAGAAAAAAUGUAUUUUAUCUUUUUUAUUUUUCCCCUCUGUGGAAUAUUUAAUCUUCUAGCAUUUCUUUCUCAAGAAUUACUGGCUUUAAAAGAAGCAAAGCACUACCAUUUUUCUUUCUAUACUGGUAUUUUUAAUGCUGCUUCUAGUUUUAAAAGGGAAAAAAGAUGCCAUAAGUCAAAAUUUACAGUACCGAAUGCUAAGAUCUUUCAUAUUUUUACUUCGAAAUUUUUUUUAAGUUUCCACCAUCCUAAGCAGAGAGAUUAUUUUCAGUUUCAUAAGAAGCUUUUAAGUAGAAAGAUUAUUUGUGGCUACUCACUAGAAAAGUACUUUUCCUGCAUACGGACAGUUUUGAUUAUGUCAUCAGAAUGUUACAUGUUUCCUCUUUCAGAACAGUGCUAAAUACAUGAAUUGUUAUUGGCAAAGGAAGUCUGGCUCUUUGACAGUAUUUUACGUAUGGGCAGAUUAAUUGGUGAAACAAACUCAUAAGGUGGCCAUUAGUAAUUAGAAAAAGUUAUAUAGUGGUCUUAGUACGAAAUCCAAAUCUUCCUGACUUAAGGAUAAAUAAUGUUUUUUUCAGCAUGCCUAUUAUAUAUAUAAUGCUUAGGUUUUAAGGAACACUUGUGGUUUCAUACCAAAAUACAUUUAGCUUAUUUUUUAGGAAGGGGAAAAGGGCUCUAUUCUGACAUUAGUAAAAUUUGUAUUUUUUUUUAAAUUUGUAUUUUAGUUCCUUUCCUUUAAGCUCCUCUGAUAGGGAAUUGUCUUAUCAAAACUGUAUAUGUGUAGAUAAGAAGAGGCAUAAUUUUAGUGAUUUUCAAACUAAUGGAAACAAGCUAGUGGAAAUCCUAUAUGUAAGUAGAAGUAAAGGCAAAGCAAUUCCAGUUGAAUUGGGGAGGGCAAAGAAGAUUUAUUAGUUCACACUUGCCACCUUUCCAUAGGUGGCUGUCUCAGAGUUCAGCCUGUAAAACCACCGUGUGACCCAUUAUGUAACUGUGGGUCUUUGGGGUUCGUUGGUUUUUUUUGAGAAUCUGGUGAAAGUUGUAGGACUCUCUUCCCACAAAAAUGCACAUUAACGCGCACGUGCACACACACACACACACACACACACACACACACACGCUGCAUGCAGUCUUAAGGGUUCUGGGCAUGUUGAAAACUGGCACAAACUUGGUUGAGGACCUCUGUCCUGUAAGAACACUAAUAUAUUAAACUCAGAACUUUGCUUUAAAUUUACUGAUUAGUACUCAUAUGAGCACAUCUCGUAUAAACACUGAUAAUUUGUGAUGGAAAAAGUCUGAACAUGUGAUAAUAUGUCCUUAGGAAUGCCUUUCUCUCGCUGGUACGGCAUGAAGACAUUUUAAAGAUAUCCUUGAGGACACUGAAAUACACGUUUGACUUGUUGCAGGCUUGAUAUGGAAAUAUUUCUGAAGGACUUCUAAUCAGAGAACUGUAAAAAAAAAGUAUACUGAGUUGGCAGUCUUCAUGGAACAUUUGAUUAGUCCUAUAAAAUCCUAAGCAAAACAAAUAAGCUCAAGAAUUUUUAGCUCACUACUCAAAUUUUAAGAUAUCCCUUUGACCCUAUCUAGGUUUUCUUAGUCAGAUUUAUUGAAAUUUCCACUUAGUUGUUUUACUUCUGGAUUGUGGUACAAUGUAUGUUAUAGGAAAAUUAAGGUGCUGUCUCCUCCCCGUUUCUCCCCACAAAAAUCUGUGUUGACACUACAAAUUGUUUGUUCUUUUAAAAUUUCCUCUGACGAUAUAAGCUUUCUGUGUUUAUCUAAAGCCAGCCUUUAGUAUCUGCAGUUUUAACAGUUUGGAUAUACUCAUUAGCUCUCCUAUUCCCAAACUAUAUCCAGUUCUUCUAGCAUAGAAUCUGGUGCUUCCUGACCAAAAAUAUGAGAACAACAUAAAAAAAAUCUAUAUGCUUUCAAUUGAAAUAGAGUGAAAACAUUGGUUAUACAUGUUUUCUUUUUAAAAUCAUUUUCUCACUCAUUUGAAAACUUGCUGUCUUUCUUAUACUUACCCUUUUUAUGUAUAUUAAUAGUAUUUAUAAAAUGUUCUAUAAUUAUGUAAUUGUAGAUACUAUAUGUAUUGUCCAUUGACAUCCCAAGGCAGGCCCUAUUGCUGUAUCUUUUCUACCUUAUUUGUAAUAGGAACUAUAGAAUGUAUGACUAAGAAGUCACUUUGAGAUUGACUUUUUUAAAAAGUUAUUACCUUCUGCUAUUGCGACGUGCAAAACUGUGAGUGGAGCUGUUUUAUUCUGACUUAAUAAUAUGUUAGAAAUUAGAGAAUUCAGUGGGAGGGUUUUUAGAUAUUGCUGCUGCUGUUACCUAAGGUACUUUAGACAUUUUUUCUUUAAUAAACAACAAAAAAAACAAAAAUCCCUUUGGUAUUUAAAGUGAAACAUUUAUUUAGCCUGUUUGUUUUAAUCUAAAGCAAAAAGUAAUUUGGGUCAACAUAUGGUAUGUUUAUAAAACGCCUUAAUAUAUCCCUUUGUGGAAGGCACUAUACCACAGUUUACUUUUAUAUUGUAUUGUGUAUAUAAGUAUUUUGUAUUAAAAUUGAAUCAAUACAGUACUACAGUUUUAUAAAAUAAUGCUUCGUUAGGAAAAGGAAUUACAGCUUUGCAGUUAACUAAAUUGUUUUGCAUACUUCUGAAUGUAGUAGAUAUGAGUAAUCAGCCUGUGUUUUUAAUGACUAUUUGUAUUUUCCCAGUCAUUUUCUCUAAUUGUAACAUUUGCUGGGAUAAUAAUAAAAAAAAGAAUUCAAAUCUUUCAAUUAUGUGUAGAAAGCUGACAUUUAAGCCACUUAUGUACUUUGAUUUUUGUUUUCAAAAAAUUAUUUUAAUCUUUAUUCUCAGAAAAUUUGUUAUUAAAAAUUUGAUGUUUUAGAUUAAAUGUAUAUAUCACUAAUGAUAAUACCUAGUUAGGUUAAAGCAAACUUGAGUAAAGUAACCCAGUAUAAUGUUUUCAUUUUGCCCAACAUAUGUACAAUAAAUAUUUCAUGUUAAAGGCUUCCUUUAGAUCAGCACAGAUUUACACUUUUCUAAUUAUUAAACUCAUUUAGUAUCA